AUGGAGAUGAUUGUGGACUUCAGGAAGAGCACUGAACCUCCUCCAUCACCUCCUCAUCACCUCCUCCAUCACCUCCUCAUCACCUCCUCCAUCACCUCCUCAUCACCUCCUCAUCACCUCUUCAUUACCUCCUCCAUCACCUCCUCAUCACCUCCUCCAUCACCUCCUCCAUCACCUCCUCAUCACCUCCUCCAUCACCUCCUCCAUCACCUCCUUAUCAGCUCCUUCAUCACCUCCUCCAUCACCUCCUCCAUCACCUCCUUAUCAGCUCCUUCAUCACCUCCUCCAUCACCUCCUCAUCACCUCCUCAUCACCUCCUCCAUCACCUCCUCAUCACCUCCUCCAUCACCUCCUCAUCACCUCCUUUAUCACCUCCUCAAUCACCUCCUAGUUACCUACAUCACCUCCUCAUCAGCUUCUCAUCACCUCCUCAUCACCUCCUCAUCACCUCCUCCAUCACCUCCUCAUCACCUCCUCCAUCACCUCCUCAUCACCUCCUCAUCACCUCCUCAUUACCUCCUCCAUCACCUCCUCAUCACCUCCUCCAUCACCUCCUCCAUCACCUCCUCAUCACCUCCUCAUCACCUCCUCCAUCACCUCCUCAUCACCUCCUCCAUCACCUCCUCAUCACCUCCUUUAUCACCUCCUCAAUCACCUCCUAGUUACCUACAUCACCUCCUUAUCAGCUCCUUCAUCACCUCCUCCAUCACCUCCUCAUCACCUCCUCCAUCACCUCCUCAUCACCUCCUCCAUCACCUCCUCAUCACCUCCUUUAUCACCUCCUCAAUCACCUCCUACUCCUCCAUCACCUCCUCAUCACCUCCUCCAUCACCUCCUCAUCACCUCCUUAUCAGCUCCUCCAUCACCUCCUCAUCACCUCCUCCAUCACCUCCUCAUCACCUCCUCAUCAGCUCUUCAUCACCUCCUCAUCACCUCCUCCAUCACCUCCUCAUCACCUCCUCCAUCACCUCCUCAUUAUCUCCUCCAUCACCUCCUCCAUCACCUCCUCAUCACCUCCUCAUCACCUCCUCCAUCACCUCCUCAUCACCUCCUCAUCACCUCCUCUUCACCUCCUUCAUCACCUCCUCCAUCACCUCCUCCAUCACCUCCUCCAUCACCUCCUCCAUCACCUCCUCAUCACCUCCUCAUUACCUCCUCCAUCACCUCCUCAUCACCUCCUCCAUCACCUCCUCAUCACCUCCUCCAUCACCUCCUCCAUCACCUCCUUAUCAGCUCCUCCAUCACCUCCUCCAUCACCUCCUCAUCACCUCCUCCAUCACCUCCUCAUCACCUCCUCCAUCACCUCCUCAUCACCUCCUUCAUCACCUCCUCAAUCACCUCCUAGUUACCUCCAUCACCUCCUCAUCAGCUCCUCAUCACCUCCUCAUCACCUCCUCAUCACCUCCUCAUCACCUCCUCUAUCACCUCCUCCAUCACCUCCUCAUCACCUCCUCUAUCACCUCCUCAUCACCUCCUCCAUCACCUCCUCCAUUGUGCGCUCUGCAGAGGAAGUGA